ACUGUCCCCAGACUCUCAGGAAAAGUAGAACCUUCCCGGAGCAGGCAGGUGAGCUCCAGGCCACACUUUGAGUCUGUCCCUGAACAACAUCCAUACCCCAGAUCCUAAAUGGAGCUAGACAGGAAGGAGCUGCUGGUCCCAAGGGCAGAGGGAAGGGAUUACCCAGGGUUGUUUGUGUCCCGAUUUGCAUAAGAGCUGUUGAGUGUCUUUUGUUCUCUGAGGGCCACUGCUCUGACGCACCAGGUAGAUGUCCAGCUGCAAUCAUUGUGUAAUUACCGGCAUUGCGGCCAGGGCCCAUGAUGAAUGCUACCGAGUGACCGGGUGCCUGCGCCUUUAUAAGGUGGACAGCUCCACUUCCUCCACAGUCUCAGUUUGAGGAAGAGCUCACCAGCCAUGAGGAUCCUGCAUCUCCUCUUCACGGGCCUCUUGGUGUUCCUGUUGCCUCUUCCAGGCUUUUCGAAAGAUAUCACAAAUCCCAUUAGCUGCGCCAGGAAUAGAGGCGUGUGUAUCCCGUUUUCUUGCACUAAGACGUGGAAGCAGAUCGGCACCUGCGGCCCUUCCAGAAUCAAAUGCUGCAGGAAGAAAUGAGCCCGGAAGCCGCAGGGACCCGUGUGGCCGCGCGGCUCCGUCAGCAAAGACAUGUGAUGUGUAAACCAAA